AUGUCAUGUCCUCCGGAUGGACAUUUGUGGGCCGAAUGGACUGAUAAGCGUCUCGCAGUACUGGACCUUCCCCAGAUCUAUACGAAGCCUUCCGGCACCGAACUUCUUCAAACCCUAGACCUGUUAAGGAUCAAACCGCGAAAUUUCGGCGUCAGUCCUCAUGAAUCAGUCAAACGCCAGACAGUCGAAUCCACCGGACUGACCCGAUAUCUGACGUCCAUCAUUGCGAGCCCCCUUUCCUGGCUAGAUACCGAUGAGUUGCGGGAAGCCAUAUGGGAUGCUGCAGCUGCGCGUCUCAGUGAACGGUCUGGCCGAACGGCGAUGCCGGCGAUGUCCCGUGUUUUUGCGGUUCCCACAUCAUCGGGCGAAGAGCUCACACUGACCCUCCACGAGCCCUCGUUGACUGCCGACAACCUAGGCAUGAAAACAUGGGUUUCAUCCUAUCUCCUUUCUCGGCGCCUCCACACCAUCCUUGAUUCUACCUCACAACUCGUUCCCUCUACAUCAACCGGUCCAACACUUAACUCUGACCGGACCCUUCGAGCACUCGAGUUAGGCGCAGGUACCGGCCUGGUCGGCCUUUCAUUUGCUGCUCUACGCGGCAACUCGGCAAAAAUUCACCUCACAGAUCUUCCGGAAAUAGUGCCAAACCUGGCCUACAACGCGGCUCUUAACGUUGAGCUUCUUAACAGAACCGCUGCGACUGUCACAACCGGGGUACUGGAUUGGUCUGAUUCGCCCGCUAUGCUUCCAACCGCUGAAGAACAGUACGAUUUAAUUCUGGCAGCGGAUCCUCUUUAUUCCCCAGAGCAUCCACGGUUGCUGGCUGAUACUGUAGCUAUUUGGCUAAGUCGGGGUCUCGAUGCCCGCGUCGUGCUCGAGAUGCCUCUGCGGGACGCAUAUCUGCCACAGGUGCAGGAACUCAGGCAGCGACUGGGGAGAGUUGGGUUGGCGGUCGUCCAAGAGGGCGAGGAGACGGGAUACGAUGAUUGGGAGACUGCAAAUGGAGAUGCAGUUGCGGUGCGAUGCUGGUGGUCUGUCUGGGGUUGGAGCGAGAAGCUCUAG